AUGAGGGGCAUCUUCUCUGAUCUUACAAUGGCUCCUCUCCUCCGCGUUGCGGUGCUCGUCGCCCUCGCCGCCGUCUGCCCGGCGCAGGGCCAACAGCCGGGGCUCUUGAGGGUGCCAGACCGGUCGGCGCCAACGGGGGCGUUCCUGGACAGGGUGGUGCUCCCCGUAGACAAUGCCGGGGGAUUCGCCGGCUGGUGGACCGUCCUGAGCGAGAACUCGGGCGUGUCGGCGAUGCACCUGGCGAUCAUGCGGCAUGGCAAGGCCGUCAUGUUCGACACGACCACGACGGGGCCGUCGCUGUCGAUGCUGCCGGCGGGCAACUGCCGCCCCGACCCCCGGAGCGUCCCGCCUGGCGCCAUGGACUGCUCGGCGCACGCCGUGGAGUUCGACUAUAAUACUGGCGCAGUCCGGCCUCUCAAGAUCCUGACAGACACGUGGUGCUCGUCGGGGGCGUUCGACCCGGAGGGCAUGCUCGUGCAAACCGGCGGCUACUUCGAAGGGGUGAAGGUUGUGAGACACCUGAGCCCACAAAUCACUUCCGACUGGAGGGAGUUCCCCAAUAGCUUGGCCGACGGAAGAUGGUACGGAACGCAGCAGGUGCUCCCGGACGGCCGCUUCAUCGUCGUCGGCGGGCGGCGCGCCUUCAGCUACGAGUUCGUCCCGGUUGCCGGGCAGUCGAACGCCCAAGCUACUCCCAUCCCCUUGCUCCGUGACACCACCGAUGACGUGGAGAACAACCUGUACCCCUUCGUCCACCUCCUCCCGGACGGGACCAUCUUCCUCUUCGCCAACGACCGCUCCAUCGUCUUCAACCCCCAGAACGGCCAGGUCCUCCGCGAGCUUCCCAAGCUCCACGGCGGAGCCCGGAACUACCCUGCCUCCGGCAUGUCCGCUCUCCUUCCCCUCGACCUCCGCCGCGGCGAGAGGCUCAGCGCGGAGGUCCUCAUCUGCGGCGGUGCCCCCAAGGAGGCCUUCAAGGUCGGCGAGCUCAACAGGUUCCCGCCCGCGCUCAGGGACUGCGCGCGCAUCAACCCGUCCAAGCCCGGAGCGCGGUGGUCGAUGGACCAAAUGCCCGUGGGCCGCGUGAUGAGCGACAUGCUGAUUCUCCCCACCGGCGACCUGCUAAUGAUCAACGGCGCGGCCCAGGGCUGCUCGGGGUGGGCAUUCGCCCGGCAGCCCGUGCUGACCCCGUUCCUCUACAACCUGCGGAAGCCGCGGGGCCAGCGGUUCCGCGCACUGGCCGCGUCCAACAUCCCGCGCAUGUACCACGCCUCCAGCGCGCUGCUGCCCGACGCCACGGUGCUCGUGGCCGGCGGCAACACCAACUCGGCGUACAACUUCUCCGGCGUCGACUUCCCCACGGAGGUGCGCGUCGAGCGCUUCACCCCACCAUACCUCGCACCGGAGCUCCUCGCCACCAGGCCGGAGAUCGACGUGGCCUCGGUCCCUGCCAACGGGAUGAAGUUCGGGGCCAAGUUUGCAUUCAGGUUCUCGGCGCCCGGGCAGCCCGUGGCCGAACCGGAUCUGAAGGUGACCAUGUACGCGCCGCCGUUCACCACGCACGGCUACUCCAUGAACCAGCGCCUGCUGGUGCUGCAGGUCACCGCGUUCAAGGCAGAGGGGCAACGCUACAAGAUCACCGUUCACGCGCCGCUGAAUCCGGCGCUCGCGCCGCCAGGCUACUACAUGGUGUUCGUGUUGGUGAAGGGGGUGCCCAGCAAAGCGGCAUGGGUGAAGAUACACCACUAA